AUGGCGUGGAUGCUGGACUGCCUGUUCGCGUCGGCCUUCGAGCCCCGCCCCCGCCGUGUGAGUGUGCUGGGAGGAGCCCCAGGGCAGAACUCGGACUGCCGGACAAAGAUGGUAUCAAUACACAGCCUCUCUGAGCUGGAGCGUCUGAAGCUGGAAGAGGCUGCUUACCACGAACUCGUGGCCAGACAUUUCCUCUCUGAAUUCAAACCGGACAGAGCUGAACCUACAGACCGUCCAAAAACCUUGGAGAAGUUGCUUCUGAUUUUGAGAGGCCAAGAAAGGGGUAAGGGCUCUCAAAACAUUUGGCAUUCGCCUGAAGAGGUGCUGGUGAAUGAGCUUACCCGCCGUAAGCAGCUUGAAUUGACCACCAUGCACCAUGAGGAGACCACCAGUGCGCCUGCAGGCCCUCGUCGUCGUCGUCGGGGAAACGUGAUGCAAAGAUUAUUCGGUCGCAUCAGGCGCUUUUUCAGUCGCAGACGACGGCAUGCGCCCACCUUGCCCCCGGAGUUCACCCGCCGUGGGGCGUCGAGUGAGGUGCGGUGGUGCUUGGAGAGCCUGGCUGAGCUGGAGGAUGGGGCCUUGCUGCUGCAGACCCUGCAACUCUCCCGGGCUUCAUUUCCCAUUGGCCAGCGACUUCUGGGAUGCAAGGAGAAGAUGGGCCUCAACCCUAUUGCUAAGCAAAUCCCACAGGUGGUUGAGGCCUGCUGCAAAUUCCUUGAGAAACAUGGUAAGGGAGCCACAAAUGGUUAAAUUAAAGGGAAAGGAAGGGAUGUUGGAUUUUUCACUGCUGAACAUUCCUUGCAGAGAGUGCUUGAGCUCCGUGAGGAAUUUGAACAAGGUAUGGACAUAGUACUGGAUGACAAUCAAAGUGUACAUGAUGUGGCUGCCCUGUUGAAAGGUUUUUUAUGUGAUAUGAAGGACUCCUUGCUGCCAGAUGAUCUGCACAUGUCUUUUCUUCUGACAGCAACUCUGAAGCCUGAGGAUCAGCUUUCUGCCCUGCAGCUGCUGGUUUACUUGAUGCCACCUUGCAACAGUGACACUCUGGAGUGUCUGCUGAAGGCCUUGCAUAAAAUCACUGAAAACUGCGAGGAUUCCAUUGGCCUUGAUGGAAGCGUGGUUCCAGGCAACCGCAUGACUUCUAACAACUUGGCCUUGGUGUUUGGAUCUGCUCUUCUGAAAGGAAAGUUGGGCAAGAGAGAGGCCAGGCCAAAAACAAAGCUGGGAAUUGACCACUAUGUUGCUUCUGUCAAUGUGGUCCGUGCCAUGAUUGAUAACUGGGAUGUCUUGUUCCAGGUGCCACCCCAUAUUCAAAAGCAGGUUGAGAAGCGUAGGAAGUCCAGUCCUGAAGCCCUGGACUUUAUCAGACGCAGGAAUUUGAGGAAGAUCCAGAGUGCACAGAUAAAGAUGGAAGAGGAUGCUUUGGUUUCUGAUCCAGUGGAAAAUUCUGCUGAAGCUGAGGCUGCCAUUCUUGCCCAAAGCAUGCCUUUUGAUGAAGGUUCCUCUGAGGAGCCCGCUGUGCCUCCCGGCACUGCCCGUUCCCAUGACGAUGAGGAAGGAGCGGGUAACCCUCCCAUUCAGGAGCAAGACCGCCCAUUGCUCCGUGUGCCCCGGGAGAAGGAGGCCAAAACUGGCAUCGGCUACUUCUUUCCUUAG